UUAAAAUGCACAGUGUCAAGGAUAAGAACACAAGAAACGUUGAAAAGAAAAGUUUCCUUUCUAAUGUGACAAAAAGUGAAAUAAAUGAAUUACAUGAAGACAGAUUUAGAGUUCAACAGGAAAACAAGAAUGAUGAAGAGGAGUUGAUCAAACAAUCAGUAAAAUCACUGAGAAGCUCAUUCGAAAAUAUGGGAGAAAAAAAUACAGUCCAGAAACCGAACAAAUGCUGGAAAACAAGCGGAAGAGGAAAAUGGGACCAAAAGAAACAACAGACAGAGACAGAACAACAUCGAACCCAAGCCGAGUCCAUACAGAACAGACGCACAAAAUCUGGCGACUGCAGAGAUCUCAGGAUCUUAAUGGUGGGUAAAACUGGAGCUGGAAAGAGUGCGACAGGAAACAGCAUCCUGAGACAAAAAACAUUUAAAGAAGAAUUAUCUACUGAAUCUGUGACUAAGAAAUGCCAACAGCAUCAGCAGACAGUAGAUGAUAGAAACAUCUCAGUGAUCGACACUCCAGGACUGUUUGAUACAUCAAUCAGUGAAGAACAACUGAAGAAAGAGAUUGAGAAGUGUGUGGAGAUGUCUGUUCCUGGUCCUCAUGCGUUUCUUCUGGUCCUCAGACUGGACGUGAGAUUCACAGAUGAGGAGAAAAACACCGUGAAAUGGAUUCAGGAAAACUUUGGAGAAGAAGCUGCACGUCACACCAUCAUUCUGUUCACUAGAGGAGAUCAAUUAGAUAAACCUAUAAAGCAGUUUCUGGCAGAAAAUAAGCAGAUUAAUGAGCUAGUUAGUCAGUGUAAAGGCAGGUAUCAUGUGUUCGAUAAUACAGAUGGAAACAAUCAAUCACAGGUCACUGAACUGCUGGAGAAGAUGGACAGAAUGGUGAUGGAGAAUGGAGGAGAGCAUUAUACAAAUGAGAUGUACAGAGAAACUCAGAGAAAAAUCUGUGAAGAAGGAAAGAGUUGGAGCGAGGAAGAAGAGAGAAAGAAGGUGGAAGAGGAAGAAAAUAUAAGGGAGGAUGAAAGAAACAGGCUAUUGAACAUGGCUAAAGAUGUGGCCUUAGUGGGGACAGGUGUGGUAGUGGGUGCAGGAGCAGCAGUUGCUGGAGGUGCAGUACUGGCCUCAACUAGUGGACCGACACUAUGUGCAGCUGUAAUCUCAGGAGCUGCAGUGGCUGGAAAUGUGGUACUGGCCUCUACUGCUGGUGGAAUGACACUAACUGAAGCUUUAAUGACAGGAGCAGCAGUUGCUGGAGGUGCAGUACUGAAAUCUUUUACUGGUGGGGCAUCACUAACUGAAGCUUUAAUUGCAGGAGGAGCAGCAGCUAUGUCAAGAAUUCAAGUUACAGUUACAGAUCCCAAGAAGCUGAAGGAAAUGCCGCAAACGAUACAUAAGUAGUUACAAUUACUGAAGGAGUGCUACUUGGAGUCAGAGUCUCAGAGCAUAAUUUGAGCAGUAGUUUUAUUAUACUACUUCACAUAUGUGAAGUGAAGAUCGCAUAUCACUAGCAAGAAUUCAAACAUAUAGUUGGAUGGACACACACACACACACACACACACA